AUGGCGUCUGCCACCGUGAAUAUGCUUGCCUCGCUGCUUCAAUCAGCCGUCUCCACCCGUUCCUCCGUCGUUGGUCGGGCAACCCAUGCGAAGAUCAUCAAAUCAGUCGACUUCCCCUUCCCUACCUUCAUCUGCAACCACCUCGUCAACAUGUAUUCCAAACUCGACCUUCUUGAUUCAGCCCACCUCAUGCUCUCCCUCAUCCCUGCCCAAAAUCGCUCCGUCGUCACCUGGACAGCUCUCAUUUCCGGCUCCGUCCAAAACGGGCACUUCUCCGCUGCCAUCCACCAGUUCUCUAAUAUGCACCAUGACUCCAUCUCACCCAAUGACUUCACCUUCCCUUGCGUAUUCAAAGCUUGCAACUCGUUAAGGUCUCCAAGAACCGGUAGACAGCUCCAUGCACUUGCUAUUAAAGCAGGUCAGAUACAUGAUGUAUUUGUUGGAUGUAGUGCUUUUGAUAUGUACUCUAAAACUGGUCUCAAGGAGGACGCCAAUAAGAUGUUCGAUGAAAUGCCUGAGAAGAAUCUUGCGACGUGGAAUGCUUAUAUAUCCAAUGCUGUCCUUGAAGGGCAUCCUCGUAAAGCCAUUGAUGCUUUCAUCAAAUCGAGAAGAUUAGGCGGAGAGCCCAGUUCAAUAACGUUCUGUGUGGUUCUAAAUGCUUGCUCUGAUGCCUUCUAUUCACAACUCGGUAAACAAGUUCAUGGGUUUGCGAUACGAUAUGGGUAUGAACGUCACGUGUCUGUUGCAAAUGGGAUGAUCGAUUUUUAUGGAAAGUGCAGGGAGAUAAGCUCCGCUCGCCUAGUCUUUAACGACAUUUCCAGUCCUAAUGAUGUUUCUUGGUGUUCCAUGGUGGCUGUUUAUGAGCAAAACGAUCAAGGAGAAAAGGCUUGUAUGCUCUUUUUGCAAGCAAUGAAAAACAAUAUCGAACCUAAGGACUUCAUCAUUUCAAGUGUCCUUAGCGCUUGUGCUGGGAUUGCAGGUCUGGAAAUGGGAAGGUUGGUUCAUGCACUUGCUGUCAAAGCCUGUAUCGAUUUCAAUGUUUUUGUUGGAAGUGCACUUGUUGACAUGUAUGCUAAAUGUGGAAACAUAGAAGAUUGUGAACGAAUGUUUGAUGAAAUGCCCGAGAGAAAUCUGAUCACUUGGAAUGCGUUACUUGGUGGUUAUGCUCAUUUGGGCCAUGCAGACAUGGCUCUUGCCUUAUUUGAGGAAAUGAAAUCUGAAAAGCUCGAGAUGGUACCUAAUUACGUUACUUUUGUGUCUGUUUUAGCAGCAUGUAGCAGGGCAGGAGCAGUGAAGAUGGGUAUGGGUGUUUUUGACUCGAUGAGAUCGAGAUAUGGAAUCGAACCAGGGGUCGAGCAUUAUGCAUGUGUGGUGGAUAUGUUAGGGAGAGCAGGAAUGGUGGAGCGUGCUUAUGAGUUCAUAAAGACAAUGCCGGGCCGUCCUACGGUGUCUGUAUGGGGGGCUCUUUUGGGUGCUUGUAAAGUCUAUGGACACAAUGAGCUAGGGAAGAUUGCUGCCGAUAAUUUGUUUCAACUGGAUCCUCAAGACUCCGGAAACCAUGUCAUCCUUUCAAAUAUGUUUGCUGCUGCUGGCAGGUGGGAGGAAGCGAAUGUGGUGAGGAUGGAGAUGAAGGAUGUGGGUAUCAAGAAGGGUGCAGGCUGCAGUUGGAUAUCUGUAAAGAAUUCAGUUCACGCAUUUCAAGCAAAGGAUACAUCUCACGAAAGAAACUCGGACAUCCAAGCAAUGCUAGCUAAGUUGAAAAGAGAAAUGAAGGCGGCGGGCUAUAUAGCCGACACCAAAUUGGCUCUCUUCGAUUUAGAAGAAGAAGAGAGAGAAUCAGAAGUUUGGCACCACAGCGAGAAGAUAGCGCUUGCAUUCGGCCUAUGUGUAAUCCCGACAGGAGUUCCUAUUAGGAUAACCAAGAAUUUGAGGAUCUGUUUAGAUUGCCAUAGCGCCAUUAAGUUCGUUUCGGGAAUUACAGGUAGAGAAAUAAUCGUAAGAGAUAAUAAUCGAUUUCAUCGGUUUAAAGAUUAUGAAUGCUCCUGUAGAGAUUAUUGGUGAUCGAACUGUUGCUGAUAGUAGAAAAUUGAAGGCUUUGCAUAAUGACCAAGGGUAUAGUACAUUUGAUGCA